UUUUGGUAUGUUGCCACUUCUAUAACGUACAUCCUUUUAGUACUGGAUGCUUAGUAAAGCUGGUGAAAUACGCAGAGAUGAAGCUUGUCUCGAUUAUGCAGGACAUGAUGUUAUGCUCUAUCCUUGUCAUGGUUCCAAAGGAAAUCAGUUCUGGACUUAUAAUAGUGAGACCAAACAAAUACGUCAUGGCUCCUCCGACAAAUGUUUGGCGAUUAGUGAAAAACGUGAUAAAGUAUUGAUGGAGGAAUGUAAUCGCAAUCAUUUGCGACAACAUUGGCGUUUGGAAAACUAUGAUCCAUCGAAAUUGUGAGGUUAUUUUUUUGGGAAUGGUACCCAAUUUAUACCAACCUCACUGUCGUCGUCACACAAACAUUGGAAAUAGCAAAAAAUAGUAAAAAAUUAUGAAAAUUAGAAUUUAAAUAAAUUUCAAAGAAGAAUGAAAGAUAAUUAGUUGUUAAA